AUGCAAUCAACCACCACAGGACGAGGAUCAGGAACAACUACUACAACCACCACUCGAUCGAACGUUGAGGAUGGAAAGAAUGAUGAUGGUGAGGAUAAAUAUCCAAAUGUUUCACGUACUCAUCAUGACAAAGAGAACCAGAGAGAAUCGGAUUUUAUUAUGAAAGAAAUGAUUAAAUUAAUUCGGAAAAUGUGUUUCAUGUUGGAGCUGUCUCCGAUUACAUCUUGCACGGCUCUUUAUUAUUUUCAUUAUUAUUGUUUGAAAUUUGUGGAACGGGAAGAAUAUGAUGUUACUUUGAUUGCUUGUGCGUGUGUGUUUCUAGCUUGUAAAACUGAAGAACAAGUAAGGAGAGUUCGAGAUGUUAUUAAUUGCAUGUGGAAGGUAUUAAACCCAGAGAGCGAACCUUUAGAGUUAUGGCAUGACGAGCUCUUUAAUUUAAAGGAUUCUGUGAUUGGAUAUGAAAGUGUCAUGAUGAGAUGCUUAAAGUUUAGAUUAACAGUCAAUCAUCCUUUCAAAUAUAUUUUGGGUUAUUGUGGUGCUUUGCAAGGAUUUAAUAAUUUUAAAGUGGAAAAUUAUUUCGUACAGUUUUGUUUUCAACUGGCCCAUAAGGCCUAUGAUACUGUCUGUUGUGUCAAAUAUAAUUGCUAUGAAAUAGCUGCGUCCAUGAUCUUUCUCGCUGCCCAAUUACUCGACAUUAAGGAAUUGUUACCGAAUGAGGAUGAAUUGAGCACCGCACAACUCUGUGACGAAAAUACAAAGCCUCAAUGGUUUACUGUAUUCAAUGUAGAUUAUCGAACAAUUUUGGAGAUUACUUCACAGGUUCGAGAGGUCAUUUGA